UGUAUAUGAAAACUACCACGCGAGACUCCGGCUACUGUCUCGUGCUUGAGGAAUCAUUUCGCUGCAGACUGAGAGAGUCAAAGUAGUACCUCCUACGAGCAUUAACUCUAUAAUUUACGACGAAAUUUGUAUUUAUAUAUUUCAUUUUAUAAUUUUGAAUUUUAAGUUUUUUAUAUUAUCACAAACGUUGAAUUUUACAGCCACCUGAGAAAAUUAUGAAUGUAAUACUCCCAUUGCUUAAAAUCACGUAAGUCGAUUUUCAAAACAUCGAUACUCUCGCGAUUUCAUCGCAGUUGACCUCGUUACUGUCAGUAUCAGCUGUUUGUUUGUUUGCUGUUUUGCUUAGGUUAUGCACUUCCGUAUCUGAUGUGACCGAUGGAAUCUACUCGUGUGCGUUAGUCAUCGUGUGCCGACGACGAUCAUUGCCUUGGUUUUCUUACUCGUUGAAUUUGUGGGCCGAGAAAUGCCAUAGUAUAAGUAAUAGUAAAGAGUUCGAAACGUAGGUUAACGCAUUUAUUCAACUUUUAUAAUUUUUCAUUUUAUCAAGAUAAAAAUGGAUAUUAUUGGAGCGAAAUGGAUAGUUCUAGUCACACUUUUUCUUUUAACUUUCAUAUUUAGUAUGUUACCUCUGAAAUUGUUGAAAGCUUUUCAUGAGACUGCAGAUCCUGUGAAACGUUACAGGUAUGGCCGAAUAAUAAGCUUACUCAGUUGCUUUGCUGCUGGUGUAUUUAUGGCAACUUGUUUGUUGGAUCUUUUUCCUGAAGUGGAUGAUAUUUUACAGAAAGCCAUGACAAGUCCAAACAUCAACACAUCCUUUCCAGUUGCAGAGUUUACAGUGGCAUUUGGCUUUUUCAUGGUAUUGAUAGUUGAACAGAUAGUUUUGGACUGCAAAGAAAGUGUCAGAAGUACUGCUGAUGCAAUUGAAAGCUUUUCUGAUGAAGAUCCUGAUAUACGGAGGAAACUACGUCGUGAUAGUGUAGAAGGAGUGAGUGAUCAACCACAGCUGAAUGCAGAUGAAAAUUAUGAAGAUGAUCCACAUUCAAGUUUCCGAUCAUUUCUGUUACUCACUGCUUUAUCUCUUCAUUCCCUCUUCGAAGGACUAGCCAUUGGACUACAGCCUGAUGUGGAAAGUGUCCUGCAAAUUUUUGCAGCAGUAGUACUACAUAAAACAAUAAUUGCAUUUAGCCUGGGCCUAAACUUGGUGCAAAGCCAACUUGGAUUAAUAGCAAUAAUUAGAUCAAAUGUGUUAUUUUGUAUUACAUCUCCCAUAGGAAUGGGAAUUGCCAUGAGCUUAGAACAAUUUGGGCAUGCUGUAGAUUCUUCUGUUGUUAAUGGAGUCUUGCAGGGGUUAGCAUGUGGAACCUUUGUGUACAUAACCUUCUUUGAAGUUCUACCUCAUGAACUGAACAAAGGUAAAGAUCGUUUACUAAAAUUACUUGCUCUCUUAAUUGGAUUCUCAGUUGUAUGUGGAGUUUUGUUCCUUGAGCCAGAAAAGCCUAAAUCAUGUUCAGCAAAUGGGCCUUUAUAACAAACUGAAGUCUUAAUUAGACAAUGUACCUGGAUGUGGCCACAGCUUAUUAACCACUAUUUAAAUUAUUGUUUGCACUACAUAUUGCAGUAAUUAUUACAUUUUUAAAGCUGCAAUUUCAGAAAACAGGGCAACUUUAUGAAGUCCUGACAUGUAUGGCCUCAAUCAACAUUAAUAUGCAGUGUAGCAAGUUUAAGACUGAAAAAAUGUAUUAAUGUUCAUGAAAAUGUUUUUACAGAAUAAGAAAUAAUUCUUAUGAUAAAUUAAACUACAUGCACCCUUUCAAUAGUCAAGCUACGUGUUAAAUGUUUUAAAUGAGCAAUUAAAGAAAACAGAAAUAACAUUCCAAUCUCAGUUGAAGCACAUAGACGAUGUAUUUCUGCUGAAAGAACCUCUACGUUAUGGAACUCCAGCUUUGAAAAUAGAUAAAUUUUGAAUUUAUUUCUCAAUAGCAUUUUCAGUGGCCGAAAAAGUGUUACUUAAAUUUAACAUGAUAUUUUUCUGAAAAAACAUAUUUAUGGAAGCAAAACAGCAAGGUGAAAAUUUAAUAAAGUAUUUUAUACUGCAUUAACA